AUGUCUGGCUUCUCCUCCCCCGGAUCGCUUUUGACCGUCAACGCGUCGAGCACGCCCAUUCAGGUCUUGUCCGUUGCCAGGGUAAGUGGCUCGAUUUCAGUUCACGUUCCGACGGCCGACGACGGGCUGGCGCUCGCUCGGCUCGCCGCGCCGCCUCGUCAGCGAUUUACGGCAACGCUCUCCUCAGCCGCGCUCCGAUGACAAGCCGAGUGCGAGCCCAUCAUCGUCGCCCAUCAUCGACUCGUACAUCCUCAUCGACUGACCUCCUUCCGUUAUUGUAUCGUAUGAACCCCUUUCCAGAUCGCCGCCGGUCUUGCCGCCUUCAUUGCCCCCGCUUGUGAGUUUCUCUUCUUUGUACCUCGCUGAGCUCUGAGGGGCUGACUGGGAAUUGCCCCCCACCACACAACACAGUCUUCACCACCCGUGCCUUUGGCUUCUCGGCCAACAAGGGCCCCAAUGGCGUCUCCGUCGGCGGCUCGGUCGGUUCCAACACCACCAACCCCGGCAACGAGUCCGAGAUGUCGGUUGGUGAGUUGCUUCUGUAGCUGUUGACUGCGUGUGACACGAGACUGACGACUUCCUCCGCUCUUCAGCCGUCCGAUUGUUCGGUGCCCGUGACAUCGCCCUCGGUCUCCUGUUGAGGGAUUCCACCUCCGCUGUCGUCGUCCGUGCCCUCCAGGUCGGUGUCAUUGCCGACUCGCUCGACAUCCUCGCCGCUGGUCUCGGCUGGAUCGAGGGCAACCUUUCGCCCGAGGUCGCCACCGCCGUCGGUUCGAUCGGUGCCGUCCUCUCGGCUUACCAGCUCUGGAUCCUCAACCGAGUUUAA